AUGGCUCCAAGACUACCAUGGUUUGAUGAACUCACCAAGACCCUAAAAGCCCUCGCCAAGAGACUUCCGAAGAACGAUGGCAAAGAUCUCCACGAUGCCCUCGAACUGGCAACUAAACAAAGCCAGGAAGACGGUCUUCCUUCCCAGACCGUGACUGCGAUGGACUUGGGUGAGAUGGAUACGAUUUUCGUCACAUCCCUCGCCGACUACAAUCUGGUAGUCAAGGGCUCCCCAAAGAAUGAGGCUCUGGCCAGGAUCAAAAUUGACCUCCUCUUCAUCGCCGCUCUUGCCGCCAGAAAAAGAGCCCAUCCCGGAGCCUCCGAACCCCGUGAGUCUUUCGAAUCUCUCAGAGAGUACCGCUCCCUGCAUAUGCAGGUUGAGACGCGUGUGCACAUCCUCUGGAAGUACAAAGGCAAGCUCACCGACGUGACUGGAAAGAUGGACUACUCCCUUUGGUAUGGAGAAGAUCCCACGUGCCAAGAAUCCAAUUUGGUCGUGGUGGCGGCUAAGUCAUACGCCCACAACGGGUUUUACCAGGCCAUCUGUUAUAUGGACACAACGAUCUGGGGGAUUGCCACCGAUGGCAAGGAGUGGAAAUUCAUUCGCCUGGAUGCCGAUUCCACCAUUAACUUCUCUGUUUGUUUCAUGCAUAAGGGCGAAUCAUCAAACGUCUUCGGCAUGAUCUGUUUGAUGGUUCAUCAUGCUGCUAGCCUCGUGACGAUGGCUGUUGCACCAGAGUCCACUAGGUAA